AUGGCGACUCUUCUCUCGUCACCGCUGGCACCCGCGCCCAAGUUCGACCUCUUCAAGCAGCCAAGCUCACCCAAGUGCUAUGCCAACGAUGAUCUUCCUGCCGACUUUGACAAGUCCUUUGGCUCCUCCAUGUCCAUCUCGGAUUCACUUGACGAGCAUGGCUCGAAUCCAUUUCCUACUCUAAGCCUCCUUCCUAAGCAGUUGCUCUUCGGUGCCGAUCUCGGCCUUGCUCCCACUCUCGCUUCGGCCACCCAUGACCAACCAUCCUACUUUGAUAAACUCGUCCCAGAAACGACCAAGCCGCAUCACCACAUCCUCGGCCGCCCUUCACCGCGCCAUGCCACCUCGCUUGGUGCCGCCAUGGGAACCACCCUCCACGCCCGCUCUCCUGGUCUCGCAGCAAAGAUGAGCUCACCCAGAGAUAUGGACAUCUCUCCGGCACCCAAUGCAAUCCAUCUGUCGCAGUUCCGCCCCUCUCCCUCGGAUGCGCUUCCCAAGCUUAUGGACAACAUCCACGUCGGUGCGAGUGCCAGCGCCUCUUCGAGCAGCAGAGACCGACUCCAUCCCGUCCUAGGUGGUUCCACUCGUCCCAGGCCUAUCGCCGCUGAGCGCAAAUCUUCCCUCCAGCUCGCUCAUUCCAUGUCUUCGCGCCUUUUCGGCGCAGAGAUUGCCUUCAACUCGCAACGCAUCUUUGCUCACGAACACGACCUUAUGAGCAGCCCAGACAAGGAGCCUCCUCCCAAGCGCAGACCCACCUCGCUUCCCACAAGGCAGAGCGAGGCCAACGAGCGCAUCUCUCAGCUCUCCUCCGCGCUCAUGGGCGUUGCAUCCGUCAGACCUAGGCCAGCGCUCUCGGCCACUUUUGCCGAUCGUGGCGCUUCCUUUGGCGCUCCCUCUUCCUCCUCAAGCCGAGCUUCAAGCUUUGCUGCGCGGGAACGUCUUUCCGAAUCAGGUCUCCGAUCUGAUGGUCGCCUCAGCAAGCCAUCCUCUCGUUCCGGCUCCGCAAAGUCUUUUCUUGACGAUGUAGCUAUCAAGCUCGGCGCACGCCAGACCUUGCCGCUGGAAGACGACGACGCCGACGCCGAUGACAGCAACCCGUCUCCCUCGCCGUCGAUGAACUCGCUCUCGGGGACCAUGGCUGGCUACUUUUACGACCCGCUUUCGCCCGAAAAGCUUGGAAGCAGGCACGGCAUGCCACCUGUCGAUGGUCCGAACCUGCUGGCUGCCAUGUCCAGCGAGGCUGCUUCUCCCAGCCUCGUGUCCUCUCCCCCUGAGUCGUCUCCUUGCACCAGGAUGCCCCCACCCAAACGCACCACAUCGUUGGGUGCGCGCACUUUUGAGCGUGCCAACACCAUGGCGGUCGUACCGCGGGCUGCGUCUGGCUCGAGCUCAGGGUCGGGCGUCGGCGCUCUUCGUACCACCCUCGGCAAGCGCGCCAACCCUUACGUCAAGCGUCCUUCGCUGACCAACGAUCAAUCCGCCGUCAAAAGCGCCUAUCCGGUCCUCGGCAUCAGCGGGCAGACCAACAGAGUCGCACGCCCCACGGCUCCUGCGCCACGCCGGUGCUUGUCUGCCUUUGACCACAGCUCCGUUCUCGGCGGCCCAGCUUCUUCUAAGCUGAGCGCCAACGACAGAAGCGUAUCUGUCGACUCCCCUGUCUCUCCCGAUCGCCGUCGUCCGCCUUUCUCCGGUCACAGCGAAAUGGCGUCUGCCAAUGGCUCGCCCAUCGCGCCCGCCAUGCGAGCACGAACGCGUCCCAACUUUCUGCGCCGCGGCAGCAAGGACGACAGCUCUCCUCUGGCGUACGGCACGGGCAUGAAGCGCAGCAGCUCACGGGGCAACGAGUCCAUGGUCGACGACCUGGCCCUCGCUGACCCCGCCUACGCCAACUCGCCUGCGAGCGCCGAGAGCCUGCCCGGCUUCGGCACAUCUGAGAAGGAGGGCAAGGUGCUCCCCUGCUUCAAUGUCAAGGACGACGGACUGAUGAGGAUCACACCUCAGACCAUGACAAAUUUGCUCGCGGGCAAAUACGCCAACGCCAUCAUGAGCUACCAAGUCGUCGACUGCCGCUUCGGCUACGAGUACGAGGGUGGUCACAUCCCCGGUGCUAUCAAUCUCAGCACGAUCGAACGCGUCGUCGAUCACUUCCUCAAACCCGGUCAAGGCCGUCAUGCGAACGGCCAGCAACUUCCUCCACGAUCGCAGAGCGGCAAAGCCGACCAGUUUGGCAAUCGCCGAAAGCACGUUCUCGUCUUCCACUGCGAGUUCAGCUGCAAGCGAGCACCAAGCAUGGCCUUGGCUUUGCGACAGGCCGAUCGAGGUCUGGCGCACGACUAUCCCAACUGCCACUUUCCCGAGAUCUACAUUCUUCAGGGCGGCUACUGCAACUUUUUCCAGUCGUACGCCAAUCUUUGCGAGCCUCAGCAGUACAUUUGCAUGGACGACCCGCGCUUCCUGGCAAAGAGGUCGGCCGAGCUUCACGGCUUUAGAAAGCAAUUCUCGCGUCAUCGCAGCUUCACAUAUGGCGAGGGCAAAAGGCAGGCUCAAAUUCAACAUGCCGUCUCGACAGGCGCCACUGCACGACACUCGAUCCAGGAGGAGGAAGACCCGACUUCGAUGAUGGAAGAAUCGCCUUGUCCUGUGGCUGCAUCGAUGAAGCUCGGCCCUCGCACUCUGGCUGCAGUAGAGAUGGGACACCGCACUGGCACAACCAAGCUUUCGGCUGACAACACGACAUCGGCAGUAGCGGCAGCGGCAGCGGCAACCGCAGGUGAUACCAGCUUUGGCAGUGUCGGUGAUUCGUCGUUCGAAGACGGUAUUGGCGAUUCUCCAUGUGCUGCCGCUGGCAGUCGCAAGCCUGCCAUGAUCCUGCAGCCACGCAUGGGCUCGCUCGGUGGUGCGCGACGACCUUUGCUUAGAGCAGGGACCACCGGAAACAUUCUUUCAGGAUACAUGUCCUGA